AUGAACAGGGCGCAGCUGAAGCGGCCGGGGAUCCUGCGGAUGGCGCUGGGCGGCGGCGCCGCCGACCCGCUGCUGCCGGCCGAGGGCGGCGGGGGGCGGCCGGCGCCCUUCCUGCUGCGGGCCCUGCGCAUCGCCCUGGUGGUCUGCCUCUACUGGUUCACCUCCAUCACCAUGGUCUUCCUCAACAAGUACCUGCUGGACAGCCCCUCGCUGCGCCUCGACGCCCCGCUCUUCGUCACCUUCUUCCAGUGCGCCCUCACGGCCGCCCUCUGCCUGGGCCUCAGCCUGGGGGCGGCCUGCGGGCCCCCCGGCUGCCCCGGCCUGCCCACCCUCCGCCUCGACCCCAAGGUGUCCCGCAGCGUCCUGCCCCUCUCUGUUGUCUUCAUCGGCAUGAUCGCCUCCAACAACCUCUGCCUCAAGUAUGUUGGUGUGGCCUUCUACAACGUGGGGCGCUCUCUCACCACCGUCUUCAACGUGCUGCUUUCCUACCUGCUCCUCAAGCAGACCACGUCGCUCUAUGCCCUGCUGGCCUGUGGCAUCAUUAUAGGUGGCUUCUGGCUGGGUGUUGACCAAGAAGGAGCUGAGGGCACUCUGUCGUGGGUUGGUAUAUUCUUUGGGAUCUUAGCAAGCCUGUGUGUCUCGCUCAAUGCCAUCUACACAAAGAAGGUGCUGCCAGUGGUGGAUGGUAGCAUCUGGCGCCUGACCUUCUACAACAAUGUGAAUGCUUGUGUCCUGUUCCUCCCCCUCAUGAUGCUGCUGGGCGAGUUCCACACAAUUUACCACUUCGAUAAGCUGGGGAGCCCCAGCUUUUGGGGCAUGAUGACCCUGGGUGGAGUGUUUGGCUUUGCCAUUGGGUAUGUGACUGGACUGCAGAUUAAGUUCACUAGCCCACUCACCCACAAUGUCUCUGGGACAGCCAAGGCAUGUGCCCAAACAGUGCUGGCUGUUGUCUAUUUUGAGGAGACAAAGAGCUUCCUGUGGUGGAUGAGUAACUUGAUGGUUCUGGGGGGGUCCUUUGCAUAUACAUGGGUGAAAGGGCUGGAGAUGAGGAAGGUGCAGGAGGAACCUACUCUCAGAAGCACUGAAAAAAAUGAGACUGGUGUAUAGGCAACUCCAGCCUCUUUCCAGCCUUUGUUUCUGUGUCUGAGGAGCUAACCUUCGAUGUGAAAGGAGCCAGGAGCAGGACAAAGCUGACCUGCAAAAUUUAUGAAGAGCUGUUUCAGGAUCUGGAGCCAAAGGCCUAUCUGGAUUGUGUUUUAUCCGCUGGAUCACACCCUGUCUCUGAGUUGGGAAAGCAUGUGUUGGAGAGACUGACAAGUUAUGAUCUGUUUUUUAAAAUGAAUAUUUUCUGGAUAGCCUGCUUCUCUGGAGGUUGCAGAUAAAGUAGACAAAGAACAGGAUCAAAGCUGUGCAUAUUGGUGAUACAGAAUGACAGCAAACUGAAUUAACAUAGUCUGAAAUGAUAAAAAUCUUGAAUCUUCACGUAAGGAAGAAGCAGGUAGCCAGACCAUCAAGAAUAGUCUCCAGUAAAGUGUUCCCCUAUAGUAGAAUUGGCAAUAGUAAUUCUUUCUAUUACUCACUUUAAAGCAAGUGAUUGGAAAAUUCCUCCCUUCUAGUUCUGUACAAUUCUAAGCAGAAGCAGUUCCUCAAAAUCUCAUGUCUGAAGACUGAGCAUCUCUUCCUGUUGAGAUUUUCUCAUCUGUGUUUCUGUCCAUCUUGUUUCUUAGUUUAAGAAACUAUCCAAGAGGCGAGGAUGAAACUUCUCAUUCCCUCUGCACCUUUUUCUGUGAGGGAGAGUAUGCUGUCUUAAAUGGCAUGCUGUUAGAGGAGCAAGACCUUUGCCUUUUCUAGGGUUGGAAGGGAGGGGAAAAGUCUCCAAGCACUUGCUUCUGUAGGGUGGAGAUGCCAGGGCAAUGCUUGUUUGUCCUCUUUCCCCCCUGUGUAGGGGAGAGGUUUGUAUCUGACAACUAUGUUGUUACUAAUUAGGCCAGUUUCAGGGGGCUUGUGCCAUGCUGCCUGCUGAGCCCCUCUGGUGCUUAUGGUUUCUCUUUUGGCUUGUUCCUUGUAACUUUUUUUUUUUCCUCCCCCAUGUCUAGAUCACUCAAUCCUUUGCUCAAAGAAAAAAAAAAAGUUCUGCCCAGCUGUGCCAAUCCCUUUAACUGGAACUUGCAUUGAGGCUUCCUCUAAAGAGUUACAGUCCUGCAGAAUUCUGCACCCAUCUCAUCUUGUGCCAGUGGCAUCUGAGGCUACUCUAAAGCCAUGAUUUCUGAUCCUUGUAAGCAAUGACAUCCUGUAAUAAGUUGUCAUGCUGUACUGUAUACUGUAUCAGCUUUCUAAACUCUGGGCCCCUUUAAUUUGAGGGUUAUUUGAAUUGGGAUUUGGGGCAAAUGGUGCAAUGACUCUAUAGCGUGCCCUAGGGGACCCUACAUGGUGAUAUCUGACCACUACUGCAGAAACACUAGGACACCUGUUUCUGUCCUGGUUUUUUGACCAUGUUUACCACCUUGGUGGGGGCUGCCUCUCUUUUUUUUUUUCUUUUUUCUUUUUUCUUUUUUUGUGGUGGAGGGUGGGCUUUUUGGUCCUCAGGUUUUCUAUCAGAGGAGACUUUUUUAAUUAUGCAAAUACUGACUUGUAAUUGUCAAAUCUGUUGAAUAAAAAAUGGGGAUUAGUA